GAACCGAUUCAUUUUUACAUUGUAGAGAGAGAGACAGAGAAGAGAGAGAGAAAGACAGAGAUGGAGAAAGCAGUUGAGAGGCAGAGGGUUUUGCUUCAGCACCUACGUCCAUCCUUCACUUCGUCUUCUCUGGAAGAUAUUGAUUCUUCAAUUUCUGCAUCUAUUUGUUCAGCUGGGGACAGUUCAGCAUAUCACAGGUCCACUGUCUUUGGUGAUGAUGUGGUUAUAGUGGCUGCCUACCGAACUCCUCUGUGCAAGUCGAAAAGGGGUGGCUUCAAAGAUACAUAUCCUGAUGAUUUACUUGCUCCUGUUCUGAGGGCAUUGAUCGAAAAAACAAAUGUCAAUCCAAGUGAAGUUGGGGAUAUUGUUGUAGGCACGGUGUUGGCACCGGGCUCCCAGAGAGCAAGUGAAUGCAGGAUGGCUGCUUUUUAUGCUGGUUUCCCUGAAACUGUACCUGUUAGAACAGUGAAUAGGCAAUGUUCAUCUGGCCUUCAAGCUGUAGCUGAUGUAGCUGCAGCUAUCAAAGCUGGAUUCUAUGAUAUUGGGAUUGGUGCUGGGUUAGAAUCAAUGACUGUUAAUCCUAUGGCCUGGGAAGGAUCAGUGAAUCCAAAGGUGAAAACAAUGGCCCAAGCACAAGAUUGUCUUCUUCCAAUGGGUAUUACUUCAGAAAAUGUUGCACAUCGAUUUGGCGUGACAAGGCAGGAGCAAGAUCAGGCUGCAGUUGAGUCACAUAAGAAGGCUGCUGCUGCAACUGCUUCAGGGAAGUUUAAGGAUGAGAUAAUACCUGUGAAAACUAAGAUUGUGGACCCAAAAUCUGGAGAUGAGAAAGAAGUAACAAUAUCUGUUGAUGAUGGUAUAAGGCCAAACACCUCAGUGGCAGAAUUGGGCAAGCUGAAACCUGUUUUCAAGAAGGAUGGCUCAACCACUGCUGGGAACUCUAGUCAAGUAAGUGAUGGUGCUGGAGCUGUGCUUCUCAUGAAGAGAAGUGUGGCAAUGCAGAAAGGACUUCCCAUCCUUGGAGUUUUCAGGAGCUUUGCUGCUGUUGGUGUAGAUCCUGCCAUCAUGGGUGUUGGUCCAGCAGUUGCGAUUCCUGCGGCAGUCAAAUCUGCUGGUCUUGAACUUGGGGACAUAGAUCUUUUUGAGAUAAAUGAGGCGUUUGCAUCACAAUUUGUAUACUGCCGUAAGAAGCUUGAACUUGACGCCGAGAAGAUUAAUGUGAAUGGCGGUGCAAUGGCUAUUGGCCAUCCUCUGGGUGCAACAGGAGCUCGUUGUGUUGCUACCCUGUUGCAUGAAAUGAAGCGUCGGGGCAAAGAUUGUCGCUUCGGGGUCGUGUCAAUGUGCAUAGGCACCGGAAUGGGGGCUGCUGGCGUUUUCGAAAGGGGCGACUCGUGCGAUGAGCUAUGCAAUGUACGUAAGGUCGAAACACAAAACUUCCUUUCCAAGGAUGCUCGAUAAUCUCAGCCAUUAUCCACGAGUUGCAAUAAUAAUGUUAUAGUUUUAGUCGAGGAUGGCAUGUAAUAUCUUCAGACUGAAUCUCAGGGCUAUCGAUUUGUCGCAUCAAAAACCCUAGCUUUUAUAUUCUCACCUUUUUAAUCAGGGUUUCUACAGGGUAUAGAUGAUGAUGUUUGUUAAACAAAUAUUUCUGCUCUUGCUGAAAAAUAUAGUACGCUUUUGCAUUGCA